UGUGCGCCAGUCGAGAUGCAUCGUCUGCUGUUAGUCAUCGGCCUACUGAUCUUGGUGGCUGCCGCCGAAGUUUUUCCGGUGGAACCGGACUUGGAAGGCUACCAGAUGAUCCUGCGACGUGCUGCCAACAGCGCCGAUAAGCUGCAAGUCUUUCAAAGCAUUUGGGGAGCCAUACGGUCCGACUUUAUCGAUGAUACCGACAAGGUGAAAGGUCUUUACACCCAGCUGGGUAACUUCAUACGCACUGAUAUGCAGUGUACCAGUGGACCCACGGGGCGCUCGGCCUGUGAGUUGCAGCAGGAGGUGCGACGGCACCUGCGGUCACUGAUGUCGCAACGCCUGGCCAAUCUCAUCAAUGCCGAGGAGAGCAUUCAGUCGUAUGGCAUGUAUGUGGCAUCCAGCAUAGAACCGUCCCUAGUUCGUGACAUCCUAGAGCAUACCAUCGAAGACGUCUACUUCCACCGGCCGCUGGAGAAGCUCACUCAGCAACUGGACAAGCUGUACACGGACAGGGACGAAGUCAGCUUCAAAAUGAUGAUCGAGGCCCAGCUAUCGCUCUUCUGGCGCUACCAGACAAUGCACGAUAGCAACGAGGCCUUUCUGUUCAACAUGGCGCAUGCGGUGAGCAAGAUCCAGACCCAUCACAUGUAUGCCAGCGUGGACGCGUCGCUGCAACGACGAGUAGAGGCACUGAAUCACAGUCUGCCGCCAGUGCUGGGGGCCCUCUUCCAUCCCCAAGGCUUCUGCUUGCUCAGUCGCGAUAACCGUGAGUAUUUGUAUACGACCAUCACUGAUGACUGGAACUACGGCCUCAACGGACGUCAGGUCUUCACUUGGCAUGAGCAGAACUAUACGGACUCGGCUGGUCUCAUUCGAGCGUUUGUCCAGGAGCAGCACUCCACGCCUGUGUUCUCGCUGCGCAGUGAACUCUUCAAAUGGUACUUCUUUGUGGAUCCCAGCGAGGGAAAUCGCCUGGCUGCGCUUCGUUCGGGCAGUCCCAGCUCCUCCACCAGCUUCUGGACCGUCACUUAUGUAGAAGAUGCCCUCAUCUUUCGCCAGCGCGACCUCACACUCUGUGCCGCUGAAAUGCUUGACAAGGAACGACGCCUAAUCAAGAUGCUGCCGGGACAGAUGCAUACGCCUCCAUCACAGGCCUGCCAGUGGCUGCCCGUGGACUGUGCCCCUCCAAAAUGAAAGAGAUGGCAAUAAAGUCAAAAUUUCGAUUUAUUCCGAAAA